AUAACUAAACAGGCCUUUGUGCUAUUUAGAGUGAGCUUACUAUAAGAAGCGGACGGUACUGCAAUACAAAACAACUUUUACAUUUAAGCAUUAAAACUGGACAUGGUGUGAUAUUAAGAUUUUUGUCUUCAGACCGAAAAAAUAUGGUUUGAGGGAAAAUAGAAAAUUCCGAACAUGGGCGAUUCCGCACGGGCCCCUCCGAUGUUUGCUACACGCCGAUAGAUUCCGAACGUUUCCAGAUCUUCCCGAUUUCUCACCACAGUCUUUCGGCGCAUUUCUUGGGGGAUGAGGGGACGAGAGAGGUUGAAAGGAACAUUAAAAUAAAGUACAUUUCCUUAUCUUCAUUCUGCCCGUUCAUUCUAUCGUUUCGGAUAAGAUUGCAAGUAUUUAAGAGACCCAGACAAAAUGGAGACCGUCAGGAUGGUUGUGUUCAGUGCUCUGCUCUGUUCAGCUUUUGCUGAAGCUUUGAAAGUGAUAAACGAGUCACGGACAGCGUUUCUGUCAGAGGACUUCCAGAUCUACAUCCCGUCUCUUAAAACCGCAGAGGUUUUGUUCCGGCCCAGCCAGGCCCCGGAGGGUCCUGAGGAAGCCAUCUUGAGAGACGGCCAGGUGCUGAACAACAGGACCAAGUGGAACGUCCACGCCACCCACCUCAUCUUGCAGAACGUGGGAACCGGCGAUAAUGGCGUGUACGUGAUCAAAAUCAGUGACGCCCCGGACGACGUCAAGCACAUCACCCUCACUGUGAAAGAUUGCUUCACUGAGCAGAAUGUCAAAUAUGGUGAAAGUUUCAACAUCAUCCUGAAGGGGGUGUCUGGCCCGAUCACUCUGGAGUUCAGGCCCAGCCCUGCGGGGGCCAAUAAAACCGCCGGCCCCAUGGUGCCGUUACUGGACGAGACUGAGUCCCCCAGGGGCGAGUACUUGGGUCGUCUGAGCACGUUGGAGCAAAAAGUGAGCCUGCAUGGUGUGACCGGGUCAGACGAGGGAAGUUAUACCAUACUGGACUCUGAGGGUAAAGUGAAGAGGAGAGUGUGCCUCAAUGUGAAAGAACACCAGAACUUUGUCCACUUGAGUUAUGGCAGCACUUUGAAAAUCAACCUGAUUCUGGACAGCUCCAAGGUCAAAGUGCAGUACACUCCGGAGUAUGACUUCAAAACCCGGGUCAUUCUGGAUCAGGGGGAGUUGAUGGCGGCGGCCGUCCCGACCCUGGAGGGCAGGCUUUCAGUAGAGGGCUCUCUGUUGAUUUUGGAGCAGGUUCGAGUUAGUGACUCAGGGGUGUUUAGCGUGACGGACCUGCAGGGCGUUCCUGUGUCCAACGUGUACCUGGAGGUGGAGGGGUAUAAGUUGCCUCCUGUCAUUGUGGCGGUUAUCGCCCUUCUCUCCCUGCUGGUCUUCCUGCUGCUCGUGUGUCUGAUCUCCUGCCUGGUGAAGGUGCGUCGGCGUGCUCAGAAGGCCAGGGCCAUCGAAAAGAUCGCCAAGCAUGCCGGCAAGGAGGACGGCGACGAUUUCAGACAGGUGGUUCAGGAGGCAUAUACGCGCUUCGCUGAGGAAUCCACUACGCAGUCUCAGUGUGACACCAGCACUAUGAAGACUGAGGUGGACAUCAAGGGCCUCGAGGUGUCUAAGAACCUUCUGGAAAUGAGUGACUCGGGGGUGGAAUUUAAUGCUCCAGGUUUAGCAGUGGACAGUGAUACAGAUGUGACCUUCACCUCCCCAAAGAACCUUGUGGAGUCUGACCACCUGAACAGCACUGCGCCUCCUGAGGUCAAACUGAGUGACACCCAAAUCCUCAACUCCAAGCCGAGCAUUAACCAAACCCUCGACUCCAAGCCAAGCACUAACCAAACCCCCAAUUCUAAGCCCAGCAUUAUCCAAAGCCCUGAUUCAAAACCAAGCAUUACCCAAACCCCAGAUUCUACUCCAAGCACCAACGUAACUCCCGUCUCAAAGCCAGGCACUAACCAAACCCAUGAUCCCAAGCCAAGCACUGAUCAAGCUCCUGAUUCCAGUCUGGGUGACAACCAAGUCCUUGAUUCCAAGCCGAGUACUGGAGACGUCCCAGAAUCCAAGCCGAGCAGUGACCAAAGCCCGCCUUCCAAGCCAGGCGCUGACCAAACCAGCAUGGAUGCUAAACAAACCUCUGAUUCCAAGCCAAGCAGCAGUCCAGCUCCGGAGCCCACAAUUAGUGCCCCUCCAGAAGCAGCCCAGUCUAGCGCUGUCCCCGACACUGCCUUGAAAAGCACUGAACCUGUCCUAAGCGAAACUCCUGCACCUGAAACUAACGCAACACCUGCCACUGAAGAUCACGUCAGCAGUGGGCCUGCGUCUGAUGCAAACCUAGAUGUUACUCAGCCCACCUCUGUCGCACCUGACCAGGAUACCAGCAAGGAGAGCAGCACCACAUGAAAAGACUUCCAGAGCCCCCAUAACCCCUGAGGGAUAUCACUGGUAACCUAACACCUUAUUAAUCUGUCAUCCACUCCUCAUAGUCAUAACCUGAACACUGCUAAUGAUACUCACCUGUCACUAACUCCAUAUCACUUUGGGUUACUGUGAUAAUGAAAAAAAUGACUGUGAUAUCUGAACAUUUAUAUCCGAUUGAUGCUUGAAAUAGAUUAGAAGCAAUCCUGUCUGCGAGAAAUCAAUACACAAUUUAAAACUGAAGCCCAGGAUUAAUCUUUGGAUGGCCAAGCACCAAUCUGCCCUUUUAUAGAAUAAGGCUGCCUUGUACUUGCUUGGUGCAUGGCCAAACAAAUACAAUUUCUGAGUUAAAUUCCAAAUUUAUUUGUGCAUGCAUACGUUACAGCUGUGAAUUCCCACCUGAUUUGUUUUGUUCUUUAAGCACAGAGAUUGGGAAAUAAUGAAGUGUUUAGCUUUCAUUUCAGGGGGCAGCCCAUUAUAGGUAUGGGGCAGGAUUACACAGACAAUGUACCUACCAUAGACACCUUACUCCUACUGCAGUUACAACAUGAUUGCCAACAAUGUGAGUGGUCCAGUAUUGCAGAGACAUCUGAGCACUUGAGACACUGGAGAUGCCAGUGCCUGUAUCAAACAUAGGGCCAUAUUCCUUAACAUUUUAAGUAUUAGUAGAAGUACCUCAAAUGCAGAAAAUUCCAAGAGCUAUGCAUAUUAUUUUCACAUAAAAUAAUUAUCAGAAAGUCAUUUGUAAUGCUUUUGGAGGCUCAGGUGCACUCUUGAAAGAGUGGGGACUUUAGAAUUUUGUUAAGGUAUUCAGACAAAAUGGUAACCACUUUCAAGGUGGAUAAUUAUCAUGGUCAUAAUAUGGUUAAUAACUCUGAAUGCAGUGUAGAAUUGGUAGAGCACUUCUUAAACAUUUGUCUUCAAAACCUGCAGGUACGGUUUUAAAAAAGAAUGACUCACACCAGAAAAACUCAAAGAAAUGACCUUGAAGUAUACAAUUGUUCAACAAAUCUGAAAGUUUGCAAAAAUGGAGAAUUGCUCCUGACUGGAUGUGCAAUUUUGACUUUUUAGACUUUGAGUCUGUUUUCACUAUUUCUUCAUUUAGUUAGUCAGCACAAUUUAAAAAGCCAUUUAUGUCAGAGCCCUGUUAUU